AGCCGUGUUGGCUCAAACUUUUAAUGGACGUGUUCCAGCACAUUUUGCAGUACAGCAAACCCAGUUACGUUUUAGAGGGCAGAGACAUCCACCGAGUCCAACAAAUAUGUGAGGUAUCCAAAGCUUUCCUGCGAGUUUCGUUCACCAAGUUUGUACAAGAGCGCCAGGCCGAGCCAUUGCUUGAGUGUUUCAUCUCAGAUGGGACGCCGUUGACGACUGUAGAGCUCCAUUGCGAAUCGUUUGGAAGGUGGAAAGUUCGGAGAUUUGCUCGCGACACGCGCGAGUUUUUGACGCAGAGGGUGUUCAUCAUGGAUACCAACUACAAUGCUCGCGUUUUGUUCGAAGACCCUCAGGUCAUGGGAGAUAAGACAGUUCUCACGCAUCACAACGCUCAGAACUUGCUCUGGGGCGGCGCGCGGAUGCACGGACACACGGGGCCACUAGUGACGUGGGGCGUCUGGGACAGAGCUAUAUCAUCAGGAAUGGGACGCCGCAUGCGCCAGCGCGCCAAGGCGUAUUACCUCCAUAUGCAAAACACCAUUGGCAAGGAUGCAGCAUACAUGCUCUGGUUGUGGACUUGGGUUGUCUGCACGCAUUGUAAAUGUCACGACCUGCACAACGCCUUGAAAUGGGCAAUCGUGCAACAGUUGUUGAAUAGGGCCGCCCUGAGGUCCUGUUGGAUCGCCCUGGAAAGUGUUCGGAACGGAUACAGCGUCCUGACGCGAGCCCUUCCAUUCUGGCUGCCCCUCCGCGUCACGCACGAGGACAGGCCCACUGCUGUAUUGAAAGAACUGUGGACCCUUUUGGGUGUUCCAGACGAUUGGAUGCCAUUAUUCUUGUCUCUACAGAUUGUGUUCCUAGAUGGGAAGCUGCGCGUGUGCAGCUCUUUGGAGAGCGAGGACGCCGCGCAGCGGAUCACUGUUGUUCUGUUGCACGCUUGGAAAUUCACCCGCUGGAGCGACAGUAGAUGGUGCGGCCUCGGAAAGUGCACUCGCUGCAUGUUGCUUGUUGUUUGCCUUGGUUUGUCGGACUUGGUGCAAUGGAUUCGCGAUUCGAAACAGUUUUCGACGUAUUACAUCAAUGGUUGGAAGCACAUGACACCAGAAGUGAUUCGAAUGGCCUGCGUCACUUCGUGCACGAGUGGUUUGUCCGAGGAACCGCUCGCGACCUUGCUUGAAGAUGACAGGCUUGCUCAAAAACUUCCCGAGAUCAAAACGAAGCUGGAGGAGCAGCGAAGUUGCGCUCUUUCUUUAUCGGACGAAGUGCUUUCGCUCUUGGGGAGCAUUGCCGGCUUGAGCCUCCGUGAGAUGCGGAAUGAAAUAUUCUUGAGUGUUUUGGUCCAGUACGGAUAUAUCAAGAACAAGUUGCGAGACGUGGAGCAAUUGCCGUUCGCGCUCGUACAGGGCGAUAUCCGCGCAAAUUUGGAGCAGCUCAGAAAGUCCCCUCCUGUGUCCGAACCGACGGCCCGAAAGAUCCAGUUACUGACACAAAUACCUGUUCCAAUGGAAGAAUUGGAGGCUGCUGUGCGGUUGUUGGGGGAGGGCCCUCAUACGUCGACUUCGUCGGAGCAUGGGCAUGUGAAGGCUUCUAGGUUGCUGCGGUCGCAUAGGCGGUACUGCCGGUCGACCAUGCGGGCUCGGUGCAUGGUUUCGACGUUCCAAACCCUCGUGGGGGAGUCAAAGAUGGAGCAGGCACUGUGCCGCUUGAACUUCCGUCUCGAAUGUUGGAGGAAGAAGCAGCCGAACAGGAUCACGCCUCGGCAAGCGUACAUCAGCUGCGUGAUGCGACAGGCCCGGCAGGAGCGCCGCUUGCGCAUCACAGUGCGGAAAGAUUUCACGAAAGAUGUGAUACGGAACCACGGUCGCGCAUGGAAGGCGCUGAGCAUGCGGCAGAAGCUUUCGUUUGUUGGCGAAGCGCGUGUGCUUCGCGACGAGCGGCAGGAACACAUCCAAAAUACAAUCUCUCUCAUUCUCGGGAAGCGCCGGCAGCUGAUGGAGAAGAUGGAAAAGGACCGCGCGCCUGGGGCGCACGGGUUGCGCAUGCGGAGCUGCGCGCUCACGCAGGCCAUGAAAGCGGAGUUUGAGGCCCUCUAUGCUGCCGACAGCUGGACUCAGUCGAGCGUGGACGCGGCUCGCGAGGCGUGCAGUGAGCCGGUUGGCCCGCCGAGCCCUGCUGAUGUACGCACUUUGGACCUCAUGGAGUUGGAGAGCGAGGGCGGCGUGGGCAGAGGUCAGCCCCCGUGGCUCGGGUGGGUGUGUCACCACAGGGACUUCUUCAGAACGUGUUGCUUCAGAUGGGUUGCAGACGGGUCCACGUCAGUGUGGAAAUUUUCUUACGCUACGCAGAGCCCGUUGCAGGUCUGCGCCGUCAAGUGCGCAGAGCUGGCCUGCCCAGAACCCACCUUGCUGCCGAGUGACCAGGGCGCCGCUGAGUUGGAUGUGUGGGAGCACAACUUCACAGUCGAUUGGUCCACGUGGGGCUACUCGGACGAGGGCCUGUUUCCGAUUGCGGGCAAAGUUGAGGUUUUGGGGGACGUCAUCGCUGGUCGUGAUUCGCACCUCGGCUCCGACGCGGCCUGGGUCGACCUCGAGGAGCUGCGUGCCGCUAUGCCCGAGGGCCCCAAGGCAAACGCCCGAAAGCAGGCCCCUGACGUGGAAGCAGAGCCAGCCGCCGACGAGCCUGAGCUCUGGGCCGAGCACCCGUAUUUCUGGGAAGACGUGGCGCACGAAGAGCCUGGCGGUGAGGAUGGUGAAAGUUGUGCAGGCUCCGAUAUGUCGGACAAUAGCUGCUCCGACGAUGGCGAGGACGUUGACUCUGCCAUGGAGGCCCUGUGGGAGCGUCGUCGCGACUUGGCCGUGUUCGUCGACAUGCCGAUUGACGACAAAUUCCGGUGGGCGCUCCGGGGCGGCAAAUGGACGUAUUUGCAUAAAGGUGUUGCUUACGAUUCUUACCGAGCCUGCGCCGUCAAGGGCGUGCCGUGCCAGUGGUGCUGCCUAUAUGGCGUCGCCAGGUCCCGCAGCUAUAGCAUCGCCGCGUACGCGGAGGAGAAUUGCAUUACCCUGGUUCAUGCUUGGUGCCACCGCCUCGCGUUUCUCUUCGACUUGUGGGUGCUCAGAGGCGGGCCCUGCGAGUACUGCUAUACGCCCGAGGACAUCGAUAAGUACAGGGAGCCCGAUGCAUUCCAGGCCCUGGCGGCUCAGGCAGCUGGCGAGUUAGCGAAAUGCGUUUUGCAAUUGCGGUCCAUCAGGCCCAAGAAACCGAAGGGCGCCCACGCCUGUGCGUAACAAGGUCAA